AUGAGUACCCAAUACCACACACCCAGCUCGACGGGUUCGAGUUCCCAGGCAGUCUUUCAAAAGUCCAAAAGCAUCAAGAGCGAGACGGAGCUCGAACUACAAGGACCUCUUGAGGUGGCAGGAUCCAUCAAAUCAGGGGGCAGCAUCACCUUUCGUGGGGAUUUUAUCGUUCGAGACAAGAUUGACGCAUAUGGCGCCAUCACGAUGGAUGGAAGCGUGAGCACGGAGGGGAGAAUCAAGGCAUAUGGGAAUAUCGCGGUCACUGGGGAAAAGAUCAAGGGCUUUGGGAAGCUCAAGAUAGUCGGGACCCUCGAGGGCACUGAUCUUGAAAUAUACGGCAAUCUGACAAUCAAUGGCCAGCUGAGAUGCAAGAACUUAUUAGUGUUCGGCUCGCUGACUCUCAUUGGGCCCGAGUCCAGCUACACUGUCGAGGAGAAGGAGGACGUAGCUGGCGCGAAAAUGCAACGCGAACAGGAAGCCGACUGGGACUAUUGA